UUCUCAUUUGUAGAGAAAUUUGGAAAAUUCGUUGAUUGAUACGUAUAAUAAUACAAGAUGGUACACUAUUGUAUAGUGAAUGGCUGCUACAGCACUUCUGAUAAAUGUAACGGUGAACGUAUAAGUUUCUUUCACUUGCCAAAAAAUCAAAUUAUGCGUGAAACUUGGCUGCAAAAAAUCGGGGAAAAUCGCGUACGUCACAAAGAACAGUUUGCAAGAAUAUGUUCAUUGCAUUUUACGCAAGAUUCAUUCAUGGCACCAAAAAGGAAAUCAAAAGUUUCAGAGGACAAGAGAAGACAACGCCUUUCACAAACUGCUGUACCGACUUUAUUGUUAACACCAACAGAAAACAAGACAGAUGAACAUGGUUCCAUCAUGAACAUGGAUUUUAAAAUUAUUCGUCGAGAAUUUCUACUUGUCAGUAAAUCAGGCACAAGCAGAGACAAGAAUGAAGAAGCCAGCAGUGAAAUUGAUACAGUGAAUAAAUCUUGUGGCAAUGUUACUUCUGAUAGCACGAAUGAAACUGAUGACAUUGCGGCAGCAUCAACAGUGUGUUCUAAAAGAUCACCGAGAUUUGAACCAUAUGUGUACAACAGAAGAGCAAGUCCUACAAGAAAGUACAAACAACGUGAUAAGGCGUAUUCAAAUGUUAUCCCAGAAGAAACCGUAACAUGUUAUAACAUGGAAACUAUCCCUUUAUCAAUACGUAGACAACAAAUUUCCAUGGAGAACCAUAACGAAAGCAUCAAAAGCAAUGACUCAAAACCAACCGAAAUGUACGAUGUACAAGUAGAUGUGACGUCCCUUAAAACAGAAUUACAGCAUUGUUCAUCGCCUGAACUUCAUAUUAAAUCAGAAUGUACAGAUUUUGCAAUGCAAAUACCACUGGAAUUAGAUACAUUGAAGCAACAAUUACAAGAGAAAGAAGAACAAUUGAAAAAGAUAUCUGCUGAAAAAGAUCAAAUACUGCAAUUGAUUAACGAUCAAACACAAUUGGCGAUCACUACUGCAGCCAAGAAGAUUUUCGAAGACGAAAGAGAAGAAUAUGUCAUAGGACUAUUAAAACCAUACUUUACAGAAGGGCAAAUUCGGUGUAUUUUGGAGAAAAAAAAAUGGAUUCAAUGGUCUAUUGAUGACUACGCUGCAGCCAUUUCAUUACAGAGUGUAAGUCCUAAAGCUUAUUGCUAUCUUCGAACGAAAUUGCAUUACCCUUUGCCAUCGUUAGCGUCAUUAAGAAGGUGGGCAUUAAAAAAGUUCCGUAUUGAAGAAGGAUUCUUAACUGACGUUCUAACUGUAAUGCGAGAGAAAGGCAAGGAACUGUCAUCGCUAGAGAAACUUGCUGUUCUGAGUUUCGACGAAAUGGCCGUCUCUUCUGAAAUAAAUUUUGAUGUUAAACUCGAAAAAUUGGUUGGCCCAUAUGGAAAAGUGCAAGUCAUGAUGGUUCGCGGUUUGUUUAGCAAUUGGAAACAACCAAUUUAUUACAAAUUUGACCAACCAAUGAACAAAUGCAUUCUACUGGAGGCCAUAACACUCUUGUACAGUGCCGGUUAUCAAGUAAUUGCCAUAGUUUCAGACAUGGAUAACCGAGGAGUCUGGACAGAAUUGGAUAUCAACCCUUAUAAAUAUAAUAAGUACUUUUUCCAUCAUCCUGUGAAUGAAGGGGAAAAAGUAUUUGUUUUUGCAGAUGUUCCACAUCUGCUGAAACUCUUGAGAAAUUGGUUAUUUGACGAUGGACUGUUACUAGGAAAUAGCAAAGAACUAUUUACUCGUGAAAUCUUCCAGACACUUAUCGAUAUCAGCAAUGUUGACGGUCUACGUGUCGCUCAUCGUAUUACUCAGCAAUUGCUAGAUGUUCGUGGUUCGCAACGUGAAUCAGUUAAAUCAGCAGCAAGAAUUUUGUCGCAUACAACUGCUAAAGCGAUCCAUUGGGCUGGCGAACAUGGACUUUUGAAAUCUUCGGAAUACGAGAAGUUUUCAGAGUUCGUGUCGACAGUCAACAAGUGGUUCGAUGUGCAUAAUUCAAAAUUAAGAUACGGAUCGCAUCCAGGAGUCAACGGUUUUGGACAAAACUUGGAGACACAAGAGUCAAUUUUACUGUUGAUGACCUUAUAUACCGAGAACAUUCGAGUUGGUUCUAGAAAGGCAUUAAUGCCUUUCCAAAAAGGUAUUGUUGUAAGCAAUCGAUCUCUACGAGCAUUGUUCCAAUAUCUGCAAACAAAAUAUCCAGUGGACUGCCAGUAUAUCAUCACUAGAAGACUUCAGCUAGAAGUUCUGGAAAAUUUCUUUACUUAUUUAAGGACGAUGGAUACGCCCAAGGAUCAUCUCUCAGCAUAUGACUUUAGAUAUAGACUUCGUUGGUACAUUCUCGGUAAUCAUUCCCAAGCUAUGUUUACUUUGAACAGAAACACCGAAGAAGACAUAGAUACUAUUUGUAUGUCUUCUUCCAUUAGCAAUGUGACAAAUCCAAGUGCUAAAAAAUCGAUGACUUUGGCAACUCCAGUGACUUUAGCGGCAGAAGCAAAUACAUCUCAGAAGCUCACGUUUAUGCCAAUUCGAGGAAUGACACUGUACUCUUCAAAUGAUAGCUUUUUACAAGAGGAAGAAAUGCUCGAACGUACAAAAGAAUGCGCCGACGAAAUAAUUCUAACCAAAGAAUUAUUUUCUAAUAUUAUUAAUAUUUCUCGGGACGAAUUAAUAGAAGCCAGUAAUUAUGAUGAUAAUGAAUCAACGAUUGACACUUGCUUCGAUGAUAUUUAUGAUGAUGAGCUAUUUGACAUAAUGAAGGAUGGCUUUAAGGGCAUAUUUGACUACUUAAAUCUUGUACAAGAAGUGGGAUUAGAAUAUAUCGCAGGAUUUGUCGCUUAUAAAUUUAAAACGAAAUAUCCAUUUUUAGGAACUACUGAAGAUGCAGGUGGAACUACAUCAAAAUGGGUUGAAACUGUCUCCAAAGAUUAUCUUACCAAUCCUUCAGCAGAACUUUUAAACGCGACCAAAGUUGUUGAAAGAUAUUUUGUACACUUCCACGGUAACUAUUUUUCAAAAGAGCGCCUUGUGAUAAAAAAGGUUGUGGCACUCGUGAAGAACAGUGGACAUUAUGCGAAUAAAGUACCUCAUGAAGUAUUGCAUUAUUUAGUAAAAAUUCGCACAUAUAUAAGAGUUCGAGAAAUAAAUAGACGAUCAUACGCGAUAAGCGAUAAUGCAAAGAAGAAAGGGACGAAAAUGAAAAAAAUCACUUCCAGCCCAGUUAAGCAAAAAUUAUAAAUAGUC